AUGGCCAAGGGGCGGGAAAGCGGGGGCAAGUUGGACAUGCAGUUGCUGGCCCAAUCUAUUGUAGGUAGGAGGGCCACCGGUUCAGAGAGAGCUGGUGGCCCUCCUACCUACCAGGACUUGUCUGAAUCUAGUGCAUUGGGCCACAUUUGCAGAAGGCAAACGGCCCCUCAACAACAACUAGCUGCCAAGCGGAGGAAAAUGGACAUGCACAUGGGAAGAGCAUGGCGCCCCACGUGCUGGCGGAUGAUAGUUUAUGACUUUCUUCAGUCGUCCUCGUUGAGAUGGUUCGAGAAGCUCGAGAUAGGUCCAGCGGUAUACGCCCUCGUCCAGACUCUUUUAGACGAAAAAGAGCUCCCACGGAACUGCUUCUAUCAAUUGUAUCAGAUGGAUGCUUACUUGGAUCAUCUGAUGAAGCAGAUCCUCUGGAAGAAGUACUUUGGUUGCCACAAUCCAAGGGGAGAGGUUCGAGUGAGGCAGAGAUUUCAUAUACCAUCUCUACAGUACAUGACUCUGUAUCCCUUUCACAAGGGUGCCUACAAUGAAAUUCUUCACACACCAUUCUCUGACACAGUCCCCCUACAUGAAGGAGGACUUAUUCAACCUUCUCCUGAGACAAGUCUCUUCCUCAUCUUCCCCAUUCAUAUCCCACUUCUCUGGUCCCUUCCCCUUCAUAGCAAGAUCAACCUCCAUGUCUCUUCAUAUUCUAAGACAAGUCUCUUCCUCAUCUUCCCCAUUCAUAUCCCACUUCUCUGGUCCCUUCCCCUUCAUAGCAAGAUCAACCUCCAUGUCUCUUCAUAUUCUAAGAGGCAUGGAGCUGCGGUGGCCCAUGUAAGUUGGAACGAAGGGGAAGGGGGGGAUUGUCCAGUAAGACGCAGCAGCCGUUCCGGAGACUGGAAGGAAAAGUCUAGACAUGAAGGGGACCAAGGGAAGAGGCAACAGGAGGACCUUAGUCCCGGGAAGAGACCUUGGAAUGCAGGAUGUGGAGUUGGACCCGGGCCCCCCUGUAUGGUUUCCGGCGCAUUCGUCAUGGCCUACAUGGUCGCGGACACCAAGUCGCAAGCAUUUUCGAAGUAG